AUGCCGCUGAGCCCCGCGCACAUGCUCACGCCCCAGGCGGCCGAGUUCACGCGCUUCCCCAGCAGGAGGAGCGUCGUCCACAGCACCAAGGGCAUCGUCAGCUGCACCCAGCCUCUGGCGGCCAAGUGCGGCCUCGAGGUCCUGCACGCCGGCGGCAAUGCGGCUGAUGCUGCUGUCGCCGUCGCCGCCGGCCUCAACAUGACCGAGCCGUGCUCCACCGGCAUCGGCGGCGACAUGUUCAUCCUCUACUACGAUGCCAAGACGGCCAAGGUCUCGGCCAUGAACGGCUCCGGCCGCUCCGGCAACAAGUGCACGCUCGAGACGGUCAGGAGAGACCUCGGCCUCGCCGACGGCGCACAGGGCAAGAUCCCCUCCAAGAGCGUCCACGCCGUGACCGUGCCAGGCGCCGCUGCUGGCUGGGUCGACACGGUUGAGCGCUUCGGCAGCGGCAACCUGGCUCUCGACAGGAUUCUGGCGCCCGCCAUUGAGCUCGGCGAGAGGGGCUUCCCCGUGUCUGAUAUUACCGGCUACUAUUGGACUUCAGCAGAGUCUAUCCUGCGCGAGGCGUCUCCGAACUACGGCGAGAUGCUCAAGAAGGAUCCCUCAGCCAAGGACGGCGUGCGAGCCCCUCGACCCGGCGAGAUCAUGAAGAACCCCGACCUCGCGAGGACGUUCCGUGCCCUGGCGACCGAGGGCAAAAAGGGCUUCUACCAAGGCCGCAUCGCCGAGGAGUACGUCAAGGUGUGCAGGGACCUCGGCGGCCACAUCGACCUCGAUGAUCUCGCCCACCAUCUCGAGACCGGCAGCGAGCCGGUCGAGCCCAUCUCGCUGAAGCUCCAGCACGGUGGCUUCCACGAUGACGGCGUCGAGGUCUGGGAACACCCCCCCAACGGCCAGGGCAUCGUCGCGCUCAUGGCGCUCGGCAUUCUCCAGGCGCUCCAGAACGAGGGCACGAUUCCCAAGUGGAAGCCCGAGGACCACGACACGGCGCCCUACCUGCACGCCAUCAUCGAGGCCCUGCGUCUCGGCUUCACCGAUGCGCAGUGGUACGUCACGGACCCCAACGUCCAAAAGGUGCCGGCGGCGGGCCUCAUCGCACCCGAGUACCUCGCCGCACGCGCCAGGCUCUUCGACGCCACCAAGGCGGCGGCGUCGGUCGAGCGCGGCACGCCGCCGACGAUCCCCUCGCCGGCGCUGCACAGCAGCGACACGGUCUACUUUGCCGUGUCCGACGGCGACGGCAACGCGGCGUCAACCGCGGCUCCAACUUUAGCCUCGACGCCGGCCACCCCAACCGGCUGGCGCCCCCGCAAGCGGCCCUACCACACCAUCAUCCCCGGCAUGGUGACCAACCUCGCCGACGGGUCGCUGCACAGCGCCUUUGGCGUCAUGGGCGGCUUCAUGCAGCCGCAGGGCCACGUCCAGGUACUGCUCGGCCAGCUCGUCGGCGGCCUCAACCCGCAGCAGGCCCUCGACGCGCCGCGCGUGUGCAUCGACUUUGACUGGAACGUCAACGUCGAGGAGGGCAUGCCCGCCGACACGAUCGAGGGCCUCCGGAAGCUCGGCCACAAGGUCAGGGUGCUCACCGGCAACGAGAGGGGGCUGUUUGGCCGCGGCCAGAUUAUCCGCCACACGGUCGAUCCGCUGGAGGACACGGGCAUCUGGUCGGCUGGCAGCGAUAUGCGCGGCGACGGCGCGUCAUACCCGGCAUGGUAG